AUGCAGGUCGGACAAGAGAACUUUCCAAAGCGAGUCAAAGUCAAACACGAUGGAGUGUUUCAUCCCAAAGAAUCAUCCCUGGGGAAGUUUGUCGUGGGUGUCUGGGAACAGAUACACUCGGGGCUGAUUCUUGAACCCCAUGUCCUUACCGAGCAAGUUCAACUCACGUCUUGCUCGUCGGGAAACAGUCCUUCUGUUGACCUUGUAUCGACAGCUCCGAGCAUACGUCCGGAUCAGACUUGGGAAUCUUUCAGUAGAAGCAACAUCUUCUGUCAAAGAGUCACCCAAGCGAGCCGCACAUGUCGUUCCAUCGAAGUCAUCGUCCAAGCGCGAUGGGUUGAAUUGUUUGACUCUUACGUCGAGUACCUUGCCAGCACGAAUCCAAACCUGUCUACGACAAAAUGUCGCAUGAGAGCUAUAGCCGAGGCAUGCACCGACUUUGGCUGGACCGAAAAGGAACUUCGAAACAAGAUGGGUAUUUGGCGAGGUUACAAAGAGAUUAAGGAUGUUCUUGGCUGGGUUGCGUUGGUGUUUUCCGGAAUGGGACUCUAUCGGCUGUGUAAGUACCGCGUUGGCUUUGACAAAGAGAAGUUCUCUCGGGCACGGACUUUGGGAAAACGAAUGGAAGUUGCUGCCGAUACCCUGCAUACGAACUGGCGACAGCUCCUGGCUAUUGUGGGCGAGCCAACAGAACCACGUUUUGCUGGACAUCCUCACGACUGGGUGGUCCAUCAGGAUGGCUCAAACCCUGUCCCUCUUCGAGCAACGUACAUGAGAUACGAUUCCAAAUUCACAUUUGAACAUCUUGAUGAGUCAGUCAUUGAUACUUCAUCAUGGGGGGCCGAUGAUCCUCGCUGGACGCCUCCAUCAACAGCUUUAUGCGUUUCUGGUGUCAAUAUUUGUGACUUGUGCAACGAAGUACAGUCCAAUGAAAGUACGGUCAACGCUUGCAAAUGCUUCCCCAACCUCUUCGGCGUGCCAAGGUUGCCGAUCGCAGUCCAAGUGUUCCGCACGUCCAACGGUCGCAACAACGGCCUUCAAGCCUUGGUAGCAUUUGAAAGAGGCACUGCAAUUGGGGAGUUUGUCGGCUUGAUCACCAAAGAUAUCGAAGAACAAGACGUUAUGGAUAGUCAAGUCGGCGGAACAAGAUAUCAGAUCUGGCAGGGCAAGCAGGGUAACUUUACUCGGUUUGCAAACCACAGCUGCAAACCGAAUGCACAGUUUGAAAAGUUUGUCUGGCUCGGGACACAGCAUAUCCUAAUGGUUAGUAAAGGCAUCGAGGCGGGGGCGGAAAUCACAGUGGAUUACACCGAGAGCUAUUGGCGGGGUUUAGACAAGAAGUGUCUCUGUGGUGAACCUUGCUGCAGGUACAACAAGACCGAUAAUGGGAGGACUGAUCUGUAG